AUGUCAGUCCAUUCAGGUGAAUACUGGCCGGACCGAAACCGGCCUGAGCAGUAUUAUCCGUUGGGAGACUUCAACUAUAACACAGAAAAUGAUCCUGGAGCUGCGCUUUCUCCAGGGAUGGAGAGAACGCCGAUGAUGGUCAUCCCCGCCCAAGUGAGAACGCCUCAUCAGCCACUAGACGUUCUACAGAAUUGUGUUGACGGUGGAGGUAGCGAUGGGUACCACAGCUCCACACCCGAUGACCUGACCUCCGAGUGCUCGCCUAGAUCAGAACUAACAGGUCCCGGGUUGUCAGGAAGUCGUCGCACCAAAGAUUUGGUAUCUGAAGCUUACCCCAAUUUAGAAUAUUACCAAGCAGCAUACCCAGCAACAACUGAUCUCAGCAGUCUAACACCAGCUUACUCUUGUGCAGGCACUAACUCCACGCAAGUUGGCAGCUGGGGUGCCACACAGUUCAGUCCCUCUGAAAGGGACUGUAAUCCUCACCAGGAGCACUUCAUUCCUCAUGAAACGACCCCGUCGCUUGUAACGCACUAUAAGCCUCUAAGAAUUAGGAGAAGACCACCAAAAGUCGUUGGUAACGAAGUUCUCCGUAAGAGAAGAUUGGCAGCCAACGCUAGGGAACGACGGCGAAUGAAUGGAUUGAACGACGCAUUUGAGAAGCUCCGAGAGGUUGUACCAGCUCUUGGCAACGACAGGAAGCUCUCCAAAUUCGAGACGCUACAAAUGGCACAGACUUACAUCACCGCCCUGGUCGAGCUGAUACGACGAGCGGACUCUGAGAGCGAUGCUUCUUCCGCUUGAUGCCGGAACAACGGCUUAAGCAAACCCGGAUAAAUAGUCAGUAACGGUGCGAUUAAAAUGCUCUCAAAGCUUGGUGAAAGUUCAAAUGUAUAGAUUAUAUUUUUAUAAGCACAUGCGUGGAGAGUAAUGAUUAUUGUGUACAGUUGUAAACACUCCGUUUAUCUGGAAAACGUGUAUGUUUCUGCAGUUUUCCCUACCAGGACCUAAGAUCUUACCCACCGAUAAUCUUGGUAAGGUUAUUGCUCUCUUUCUACUCUUAA